AUGCAGAUGCUCCCCAAAUCUGCCCAGCUCUUGGAGUGGAUUGAGCAACAUGAAAAAGGUUUCUUAGAAGGAACGAUGGAGUACUGGGUGGCUUAUCGCAUAGCCACAUGCCUCGAAGAGAACCUUGAGGAUGCUCAGGGCAUCAUAUCUGCUGUUUCUCAGCUCAGCAAAACUAAGGCACCUCAAGGUAAGCAAACCCUACGAUUUCUCUCUGCCAAUGUCACCUCACAUCGUCGAGAAAUCCAGACAUGGAUCUCAGAGCAGAGGCCCGAUGCCUUUGCCCUCCAAGAGCUCCACCUUCUCGGCGAACAGUGUACGGAGGCACAAAUCAACUACGACAGGGACAAAUGGUGUACACAAGUGGUCCCGGCCUUCAACACGGGCAAGGGCACCUCAGGGGGCGUCAUGAUUGGUGCCCGCCGUCACAUUAACAUGCGACAAGGACCAAAGUUCUCCUUAGAGGGCAAAGGGUUUCACUUUGGCAUCUUCCAAGGCCAUGAUUUGGCCAUUGGGACAGUUUAUCUCGAGAGUGGAACUGGCCUUGAAGGGGAGAUCAACUCCAAAAUCCUUGCUGAGCUUUUGGUAGUUAUCCAGGCUUUUUCGUGCAAAUGGUUUGUUUCAGGGGAUUGGAACCUCACGUGGGAGGAUCUGCAGGACUCCACUUUCCCUCGCCUGUCCAGAGCGGGGGUGGUUCUGCCUGACCAACCUACCACCACGCAUGGACGCACGCUCGACUAUGCGCUUUGUUCCAGAGAGCUAGUAGGCCUCGUCGUGGCCACUACUACGUGGGACGUACCCUUUCGGCCCCAUGCGGCCGUGCUGUACCAGGUUGAAAUUGGGGGCCUCGGCACACCGGUCCUACGCGGACCCACUUUUGACAAAACAUGGUUGGAAGGCACUGCGUGCGCAGAUGGUGAGCAAGGGCGGGCCUGGCAUCUGGUGGGCGAGACCAAGCCCUUGGUGGCCCCCAGCUCCCCGGCCUAUCCGUGGCUUGGCAGGAAAAGAAGCUACUGGGGCCGUCUGCAGCUGUGGGUCGCCCAGGCUGCUGAUGGUCGCCUCAGUCCUAAGGUCAUCCCUGCUCUCCUUAGUCACCUCCAGCAAGAGGACCAGGACGUGGAGGUCGAAGGCGUUGAUGUCCCGGCUCUCCGUGCUGAGCUUGCGGGCAUCCUUCGCCGUCGGCAGGUGGUGACCUCGAUCAUGACAGUGCGCAGGUGGCUGACUGGGAACGACAGGGAUCCAUGCCAGGGCCAGGCCAGAUGGCCCUUGUACGAAAAGUGGGCUGAAGCCUACGUACCUCGGGCACCUUGGGACGGUGCCCGUAAGGGACUCGCGUCGCUGGACAUCGCCCUCGCCAGAUUGGUUCGAGGGGAAAUCCAGCACCACCUGCGCAGGCAGGGGGUCACGCUGCUGCUUGAUUUAAGGGAGUUUUAUGAGCAUGUUGGUUUGUACCAGCUCAUUAAGGAGGCGCAAAAGCAUGCGUUUCCUCCCCUCAUCUUGCACCACUGCAUUGCCCUGUACACUCACUCGAGAUACAUCUGCACAGAAGACACACUGGCAGCCCCUGUGCAGCCAACAAGGGGCAUCAUUGCUGGGUGCCCUUUUGCUCCAGGUCUCUCGAAGUUAGUGAUGCAUCCGGUCAUGGAGCCCAUCCAUGCCAACCCCAGCUUGGGGCAUUGCGACCUUUACAGUGAUGACUCCAGCUUUGAUGUGGAGGGCAACUCGGUGACUGAAGUGGUGCACAAGUCUUUGGAGGUGUGGAGGCACGUCAAGCAGGCUUUUCUUGCUCAGAGGCUUCCCAUCUCCACAGACAAAUCUGCGUGGGUAUGCUCCAGCAGGGCUAUGGAAAAGAAACUGGCCGCUCAGUUGGGCCCUGAAAACCCAAAAAUCCAGUCCUGUUGGAGGGACCUUGGUGUGGAUUCGGCAGGCGGCAAGAGGCGCCGGGUCACCAUCCACAGGCAGCGCUUUUCUAAGGCGGCCUCCAGGUCCAAAAAGCUUUCGCAGCUUGCCACUGCGGGCCCGGCCCGCAGUAAGGCUGCCAGGGCCGGGGUUGAGUCUGCUGCUACCUACGGCCACCAGGCUGUUGGUUUAGCUCCUAAGAGAUAUCUCCGGCAGCUCACGGCCGCCCACAAUGGCGGAAUGACUAAUGGGGCCACUGAGAUUGUCCUGGACUACCGGACUGAGACCAAGCCUGAUCCCUCAGCGCUUUUGGUCGCGCAGCCUCUCCGUUCCUACGUCUCAGUGAUUGCCCGCUGGCCGGAGGCUUUGGCUGUAAUGCUUUCCACUGCCUUCGGAGGCAUGUGCUCCAAAGUCGAAGCCCACAAAGAACCUUGGAGAAUCGCUUCCGGGCCGAUUGGAGCCACACUUUGUUACCUCAAGGACAUGGGGUGGAAACCUCUCGAGCCCGCCACCUGGCAGAUCGGUGAUACCCGUUACCAUCUCACUGACCCAGUCCAGCUUGAAGAGGUGACUCGUCAGGUUCACUACCACUGGCGCUUGCUUCGCCAUGACAGCAUCAGCAAGCUGGAGGCUGGCGAGGCUUUACAGCAGGGGAUUGAUUGGACUGUCGGUAGGAAGCUCCUCAAGAAGCUGCCCAAACUCCAGUCCAAGGCCCUUCUUGCCGUCUGGCAGGGGGCCCUGAGAUGUGGUUCCAAGGCGUGGUGUUCGGGCUGCGACACCAGCCUCGCAGGAGCACCUCUUGUGGCAGUGCCAGUGGUGGAAGGGUCCGGGGUCUUCCACCACGCUGUCCUCCAAGCCCAGCGGCCCCGAGAGCCGUUUCUCACUGGGCUUUGGGCAACAGGCCAGGUCCUGAACGACCCGGAGCUCAGGUACGCCACCGACGGGUCACCGGGCUCCACAGGUGACCCUAGGGUCUGGAAAAUGACUUGGGCGGCCAUAGCUUACAAGGUGCAAGGCGACAAAAUCACGGUCGUUGCCACUGCGGCAGGGCCGGUUUCUGGUGAACAAACUGUCUUCAGGGCAGAGGCCUCUGCGCUUCUUUUCCUGGUUCAGCACACCGCUGGAGACGUGGAUGUCACCAUGGAUGCAAAAGGGGUGAAAACCCGCGUGGAGAGGUGGUCCUUGGGCAAGACCUCACUGGACCUCUUCAUCCCCAUUAGGGAACAUGGCGACCGUCUGCGGCUGCACUGGAUUAGGAGCCACCAAUCGUUGGAACAGCACUGCCAAGAGUUUGGCAGCCUCCAGCCCUGGAGAUGGUUUGCCAAUGCCGAAGUGGACAAACUGGCGGGGGACCAGGCUAACCAGGCCAGGGACCCGGCUCUGGAAGCCAACCUUGCCAGAUCUGAUGCUGACACCAAGGUAGUCCAAAGGUUCUUGGCGGAGAGAGUUGCCUUGCUCUUUUCCUAUGAUAAGGAUCAGGGCCCGCAGGUCCUUUUCGAAGGAGAGAUGGCUUCGGUUCCCAAGCAGUCCCGACCUGCCGGCUUCUCCAGAAAAACCAUUCGGAAAAACAAGCAACGAUCUGAGCCGGUUUCCUCCAAGGAAACAGGUGAUGGCCCUAACAAACGUGACCUUUUGAGGGAUGCGGUUUCCAACCCGCCCUCGGGUCUUGGACCUCUGAACACCAAAGCGGGGCUAGGAUUAAGUGUUCCAGAUGCCUGCUCGGUGUACAGCAAAUUGAUAAGCGCGACAAAGUUGAAAGGCUCCUGGCCCAACCGUGUCUGGGGUACCAGGGCCAG